AUGGCGCCAGCCACCGCGGACACCGGCCCCAGUGCCGCUGCGCAGCCGGCGUCUUCUCAGCUCGCGGCCACGCCCACGCAAACAGAUAGCAAGCAAGCAUCCGCGGCUUCGGGUGUCGCUGUGACGCCCCAGGCGCUCGGUCAGCCGCGCAUCCCAGCCUCCCAGAGGACUACCUCCCCGCUGCUGAGCAAGGAGUGGCCUCCGAGAUCCCCCUUCAUCCGCAUCACUGAGUCGGAGCUACUGGACGUCAUCCAGCCGCGCUACAACCAGCGCAACAAGGCCAUCCUCACGUGCCUCGCCGCGAACGGCACCAUACGCACGACGCUCACCCCCAACUCGGACCUCAACCUGCAGAACGGAUACAGGGUGGAGACGCUCGGGCCGUUUGGCGAGGCGGCGCCCGGGGCGCGCAGAAACCUGACCUUUCUCUACUACCCGGUGGAGCCGCUGCCCACCAAUGGGCGCGUGUUUGCCUUCUUUUUCAUCCAGAACGAGUGCACCGUGCCCGGCGUCACCGAGCCGGCGCGGCCGGUCAGGUCGCGCGCGACGCUGGUGGUGACCAAGGACGCCUGCUGGGGCUGCCUGGAGAACUGCGUCAGGGGCAACGGCUUUACCCCAACCACCUGCGACGUUUGGGACAGCUACUGCCCGGUCUCGUGGCCGACCACCAUCCCCAACGGCGUGGCGUGGUCGGUGUCCGCCUACUUCAGCCCCGAAAACAACUCCUCGUGCUCGAAUGUUGCCAUCAACGCCACAAAUAUCUACAGGCUCAUGGACCAGUUUGUGAAAGACCAGUUCGUGGCGGGCGGCCGGGACGUGGUCAACUUGUUCGGGGCCACCGCCCCGACGACGAUCCUGCUGGCCGGCAAGACGCCGAUCUGCCGGGACGCCUCAUCCCUGGGGACGCCCUAUGGCGUGGUGCAGGUCCUUUUGGACAUUAAUCCCGAGAAGAACGUCGCCGGCCUCCUCAGCCAGAUGGUCACCAACUGGCACCGCCGCAACAUCUGCAGCGCCAUCAUCAUCAACACGCCGCUGGCCCAGAAGGCGCGCGUCGUGGCGGACGCCUUCUGCAACUCGGUCGGCGCGCCGGGCCCGAGGCUGCAGUGGGCAGGGAUCUGCGUGCAGAAGGCCAACCCCAAGCGCAAGUACAAAGACGGCUUUCCGGUCGAGGCUGCCUGCUUCCCGGGUGACGCCAUGGUCACACUCAUGGACCCGGUGACCGGUGCCCCAACGCGGCUGGUCACCAUGGGCGAACUGGCCAUCGGUGAUGUCAUCGAGUGCCUGAAGCCGGCCGGGUUCGAGUCACGGGUUACUGUUGACUACAGGGAUUCUGCCCAGACUUACGUCAGGGGCGCGUGCCACGUGUUUAACUACCACGAUGCCGACGCGGUUAGUAACAAGGAAGCUGCAGUGUUUGCGGGGAAGGACACCCAGCAACCCUUUGUUGCCCUCCACUACACCGACGCCUCCGGCCGCCCUGCAAAGCUGCGGGCCACCGCCACGCACCUCGUCCACCUCGCCGCCUCAGAGCUGCCGCUCUCCGCCGCCGCGACGCAGCUGCCGCCCGGCGGGUUUGCGCGGCGGGCGGACAUGGUGGCCGUGGGGGACCUGUUGGUGGUCAAAUCUGCGCGGCUGGGGUCAAACGGGGGCCCUGUCUUCUACUCCGCACGUGUCUCCGAAAUCACCAUUGAGGAGCACGUGGGCGCGUUUGCCCCGAUUCUUUCUGACGCUGGGCUGCCCAUCGUGGAUCGCGCUGUGGCCUACUCUUGGUCCCACCUGCCGCCUUACGACCCCCACCCAAUGCAGAACAUUGGCGAGUACAUGAGGCACGUUCGUCUUUUCACGGACUACUUCGAGUCCGUCCAGUCUGGCUGCGAGGGCUUGGACUGCCCCUGCCUGGACUCUCCGGCGGACGCGGGCGUGCCCUGCGUGCGGCUCUGGGACAGGCUGGCGGAUGUGCCAAAGGGCAAGAGCGACUUUGCCCAGAGGACCAUCGAUGUGUGGUCUGCCGCACUCGCCCAGGGCCGCACCUUCUGGGACUACGAGGCAGGCAUCAGCCUGGCCCGCCUGUGGGAGUCCAGCCCGCUCAUCCAAUGGCUGGAGAAGAAGGUAUUCCGCGCACGCCCCCACACGGUCGGCAUCCUCGCCACCUCUUGGCACAUGGCCCGGCCGCAGCGCGCGGACGGAUACGGUGGCGCAGAGUACAGCGGCAGCGGGGCCAACGUGGCCAUGGGAGUGCCCGCGGCGCAGCCGGCAUUCAUGCUGGGGCCUGGGGACGAUGCGGUGGGGGUAUCAGCAUCAUGA